GUAAAAACAGCAUUAUCAUUUGUAUCCUUACUACAGUGACACCUGUCGGGUGCCAGUGUCUCUACACAUGUUUCUAUAGCAUCCAAAAGAGAUUGAUUGACACACCUGAGACUGAUAACCAAGUCAGAGGAGCAGAGGAGAGUGACAAGACGAUUCAAAUAAACCACAACACUGUUUGGCUUUGCUUCUCAGUAGCAUAUUGCUCAAUUAUAUAAAUUAUUUUCUUUAGCUAGUGUUAUUGUCAUCAUGUAUGUUAGCUUCUGCUUUGGGCUUCUCCUCCUGUGCUAUCAACUGUGUGAGGUGAAUGGAAGCUAUGUUAUGGAUCCACAAGGUGCCAUUGAGACCGAAUGUCGUGAUCGAUAUUUCUGGGUGUCUGUUGAUGUUGGCUUUGCAGGCCGUAUCCGAUUUGAGGCUGUAGUUGAAAAUGGAGUGCACAUCAUUGGUGAGGAUCAUGCAUCCAUGUGUGGUUACACGGUGAGUAACUUGAAUGGACGGGUGUCUCUGAGGGCUUCCUAUUUCUCCUGCCACACAGAAAACCAGAAUGACAACAACUUCCUUUUCAAGCUGAAUGUUGUUUUGACUGACCUUUCGGGGAAAGAGAAUAAAUACUCUCUCUCAGAGACAUGCACACUACCGCUUGACUGGUCUGCAAAAGAGAUCGUCUGUGAAGAAAACUACAUAGAGGUGACGGUGGCAAGAGAUACACCUUGCACAUCUGAUAAACGCACCACUACAGAAGCCUGGCUAGCUGCUCUCGCUUUUGCCCAGAGAUCUGCCAUCUCCGAGUGGCAGAUAAUGUUCCUGAAUCAGGACCGCUUGGAUGCAAUGUCUAUCUCUGAUGCCAGGCGAAUGGGAUACAUGGUGGAUUCCACUCCAAACAGGGUGGUCUUUCGCUCUGCCUACAAUCAGCCACAUUCAUCAAUCACAGAGAUUGAUGGCAUUGCUGUAGAGGUGAUUCAGGCAACAGUGUUUUUCAGGCAGAAAUGGGCAGUAGUGAUGCUUGACACAUCUGCGGCAUGUACAAUAGCCCCUAGCUCAUUUAAUGGAGUGACUUUGCAUUGGAGAACUCCUAAAGUCAUGACGCCACUGGUGCAGGACCCCUCUGGGUUUGUAAGCAGGAGUAUUGAGCUGGGUGUGGAUGGUCAACUCUUGAAUGAGGCAACCAGAAAAGCCAUGGGUUACAUACUGGCAGAUGAUGGGCAGGUGGUGCAUGUAUCAGUGCCUUUUGGUGCACCAGGAGGUUACAGAAUGAGCAUAGUCGAAAACAAUACAUAUAAAGAGAGUUACAAGGCUUUCCUGUGCUAUGAACACAUCUAUUCGCAUGUAUUUAUGGAUGAUACUCAAAUAGAGACCAGACAUCGCCAGCUACGAGUUAUGGAGACACCACUCAUUUCUCGGAUUCCUUUCACUGUAGAUGAAACUUUGCCUCAUGAAGAAGUGUUCACCAUAUAUCUUGGAAGUUUUGCUUCAGAUGUGGAGCUCAUCGCAAUCAAGCUGAAUGAGAACUAUCUGUUAGUAACAGAUGCAAUUCAACAGAAUUACUUCAUUACAAAAAUUUCCCACAUCAAUGGGACCCACGGCUUUAUCAUCAAGGUUCCUUUUGAAGAUAAAUCUGUUAACAGAGUGUAUUUGGGUGAAGGACUUCUCCAGUACUCUGUGGAAAUUAGUUACACACUAAAUAUCAUCGGGCGAAACGACACAUUUUUCCACCACGUCUCUGUUGUGGCGCACGUUAAAAAUGCUUUCCCUCCAGAUGUCACUGCUUUCUGUACAGCACAGAGCAUAAUAUUCAGAAUAAAUCACCCGAGGCAAGCUGGACUUUGGGAGGUCUGUGUGGGGCAUCAAGCUCUCACAUUUGACUUAUCCAGACUGAAGGGAUACAUACUGAAGAACGACAAUGACAGUAUGACUCUGGAGGUCCCACUCUUCACAUCGGGCUACAAUUAUGAGGACAUCACAUUGAGAAACUUUAUCGGCACUUUUGAAAUUCUUAUAAGAGACUCAAAGACUCUGGAGAUUCACAAGAGAGCAACAAAGAGCUGUUACUUUCAGACUGAAGAGCUAACAGUGUGUUCCACAGAUGGAUUGAUGACUGUGGUGGCGACCACUACAAAAACCUGGCCAACAGUGCCACCUAGUAGCACAACCCUUCUAGACAGAAGAUGCAGGCCCAUGGCAACCGAUGAGACAAGGGUCAUGUUUUCUUUUGGUGUGGAUACAUGUGGGACUAGAUUAAUGUUGGGUGACGACUACAUUGUGUACGAAAACGAGGUCAUUUCUGAUGGAGGUGCCAUAACUGACCAGGAAUCAGCCAUUACAAGGGAAUCAAAAUUUAGGCUCACUGUGAGAUGUUUCUACCCACUUGACUCUGUUAAAAAGGUUUUUACAUCCAGAUUGUUUGAAGGACCUGGCUUUGGUACAGUCAAAGUUACAGAUACUACAGGUAUAAAAGGACUUCAAGGAAACCUUAUCAGCUCUCAGACAGCCUCUGUUUUUGACCCUAAACCAUGGCCUAAACUUCCUUAUGAGCUACAGUUUCUGCAAAGAGGACUUCCACACUCUGCGUAUCCCUCACUAAAUCAGGGCAGAACGACAUCAGAGGACAAUUACCACACCAGCAAUAUUCCCUAUCCACACAGACGUACCCAACUCUUCAAGGAACCUGGUGUGCAGUUUAACCCUGAAGCGAUUAUUAAACACCACUCUGAUCCAUCUAUGACACAUGCAGGGCAGCAAAACUCUUUUGAAGACUACAGAAAUUUCCUUGUUGAUGUCCCGCAGAAAACUCCUAUGAUAAGAAGUGGCCAAAAUCAGGGCAAUUCUGUCAUGAUUGGUGACGACAGUUCUGCUUUAGCUUUCUACAGGGGAUUAAAAAACGCACUGCAUGUCGUAAAUGAAACCUUGCCUUCUAUUUUACAAUCUCUCAUUGCCAUUAGUCAUGCAACAAACUACAAUCCAAAAAGCAAUGAAGAGACUGACCAGCUUUUCCUGAGAGAAUACAUGGACGAUUACACUCCUGACAGUGGUUUUCAACACUUUCCAGAUCAUUUUAAUGAACUGGUUAACAAUCCGUCUACAAAAGAUUCUUCUCUCUACACCAAAAAUAUUAUUUCUAACACAGCUGAAGCAAGCAAAAAGAAACAUUUGGAAAGUUACAUACUUCCCACAUUUGACAUGAAAUAUAAGAACAAACUUGCCAGUGAAAGCAGUGUUGAGCCAUUUAAAGAGUACGAAUUGGAAAAAAUAGGUCUUUUACAUAUAGCAGAUAAGCACAACAGUUUCAUGCACGAAGAUGAUGACUUUAAUCCAAAGAACUUGUCGCAUUCGCAACAGCAAAAAGAAGUCAACGAUGGGCAUAUUCUUUCUAAUAAUAAGCUUUUAACGGUAAAACCAUCAUAUGACAAAUUGAGAGGGACCCUGUUCUUCCCUGGUAGCAGAAGCCGUUAUGGUUCCAGUGUUCAUAAAGGAAUAAUAAAAGGAUGACCGUGGACCAUUGUCAUGUUGAGGAAGCUGCAAUGAGAUUUGGUAAAUAACAUGAUAGUCCCAGGUGGAAAAAUCAAGCCCUUUCAAACUGAGGGUGUAAUGUAUUUGUCCAGUCCUGGCAUACUACUUUUGCAAAUAAAAUGCA